AUGAAGUUCCGUGAUGGCAUGUGGUUAACCUCUGACCAAUUUACGGUCCAGUAUGCCGAAGAGGUUUAUGCCAUCACACCGCGUGAGGAUAAGAAGGCCGUCACAUUGCUAUGCCCAACCAAGAAGAUACUCAGGCGUGGCGAUACGCUGAAUAUGCCAACGCUUGACGUCGAGAUUGAGGCUCAAUUCGAUGAUGUGAUAUCCAUAGAGGUUACUCGCUUCUCUGGUGCGCGCCGACUCGGCCCAAAUUUUGACAUAUUUCCGGAUGGCAAACCGGAAAGCAAUGGUUCUGUCUCGACUUCCGAGAAAGGCACCACAGUAACCAGCGGAAAUCUAAGCGCCACAGUGUCUUCCAAGGAGCAUACUUUCGAUAUCAAUUUUCACACCACCGAUGGUUCAAAGUCAAUCACAUCUCUCCCAGCUCGAAGUAUUGGCUCUGCCUAUAGCCCCGCAUUGAAAACGCCAAAACAAGUGGAAGACCUGAGGAACCACGAGCAAUUUGUGUUCACUCAAACUGACCUUGGCGUCGGAGAGUCCAUUCAUGGGCUUGGAGAGCGCUUUGGUGCGUGGAACAAGGUUGGCCAGAAUAUUGAGGUCUGGAAUGAAGAUGGAGGUACAUCUAGUGAGCAGGCUUAUAAGAACGUCUCUUUCUGGUUGAGCUCGAAGGGCUAUGGUGUCUUUAUCGACACCCCACAAAAGAUCGACUUGGAGAUUGGUAGCGAGCGGUGUUCAAGGCUGCAGACGACAGUUGCUGGCCAACGCCUCAAAUGGUAUUUGAUAUACGGUCCUACACCAAAAGAGGUUCUUACCAAAUACUCCAUCCUCACAGGAAAACCUGGCAAGGUUCCUGCAUGGUCGUUCGGUCUCUGGCUUUCCACAUCUUUCACCACAAACUACGAUGAGAAGACGGUCCGCCACUUCGUUGAGACCAUGCAAGAAUCAAAGAUUCCUCUAGAGGUAUUCCAUUUCGACUGUUUCUGGCUGAGAGCGUUCCAUUGGACAGAUUUUGUCUGGGAUCCGGAGUAUUUCCCUGAUCCGUCCGGAUUCAUCGGCCGUUUGAAGAAGGGUGGAUUGACAAACAAAAUCAGUGUUUGGACGAACUCGUACAUUGGUCAAGCAUCCCCCGUUUUCAAAUAUGCCGCCGAAAAAGGCUAUCUGUUGAAGCGCACUAACGGCGACAUUUGGCAAUGGGACAUGUGGCAGACCGGAAUGGGAAUUGUGGACUUCACGAACCCCGAAGCGUGCGACUGGUACACCGGGUGCCUAGAGAAGCUGUUCGACGUCGGCGUCGAUUGUAUCAAGACCGAUUUCGGCGAGCGUAUUCCCACAAAAGAUGUCGUUUGGUUCGACAAGACCGUUGAUCCCGAACGUAUGCACAAUUACUAUGCUUUCAUUUACAACAAGCUCGUGUUCGAGGCUCUUCAAAGGCGCUACGGCAAGCACGAAGCAGUUUUGUUCGCUCGUACUGCUUGCGCUGGAAACCAACGUUUCCCGCUCCAGUGGGGAGGCGAUUGUGAAUCUACUCCGGCCGCUCUCGCAGAAUCCCUCCGUGGUGGUCUUGGACUGGGUCUCGCAUCGUUUGCCUCAUGGUCCAACGAUAUUGGAGGAUUUGAAGGUUACCCACCCCCGUGGAUUUACAAGCGCUGGGUCACGUUUGGUCUUCUAUGCUCGCACUCUCGUCUACACGGCUCAAGCUCCUACCGUGUCCCUUGGCUUAUCGACGAUUCGUCUACUGAGCCAGAGAACUGCACUGAGGUCCUGCGACACUGGGUUCAGUUCAAGAGAAGGCUCAUGCCUUACUUCUAUGCGCAGUCGAUCGAGAGUGUUGCCAACGGUUGGCCUACGAGUGUCCGAGCGGUCGCCUUGGAAUUCCCUGACGACCCCACCUCUUGGUUCCUCGACCGCCAGUUCAUGAUCGGAUCCCAAAUUAUUGCUGCCCCGAUCUUUUCCGAGGACGGCACAGGCGAGGUCUACCUUCCCCCAGGCCGAUGGUUCAACUUCUGGGAUGGCAAAGAGGUUGCGGGAAGCCAGUGGAUACGUGAGAAGUACAAUUUCUUGCAGACUCCGGCUUUCGUUAGGGAGGGUACCGUAUUGGUCCUUGGCCAAGGGGAGGGUGAAGGUGGUUUCGGAUAUGACUGGGUCAACGCCGGUGGCGUUGUCAGACUCUACGGAACGAAGGAAGGAGAUAAAGCCGUUGUCGUCGAUGCCCAGGGAGAGCAAAAGGUCGUUUUGGAAGUUACUUCUGAAAAUGAGGUCAAGGGAUUGGACGUUUUGGGAGGUGAAUGGACAGUAGAGCGAUUCGGAUAA